AUGGCGACUCCACGACCUCCGCCAGCAACAGGCACUCGUACAAAGAAACAGAACCAUGCAAAUAUACCUUGCCCUAUAGAAAAUUGUGCCAGAUUCACUUACGGAAAACUACCAGAUCAUCUUACUAAAAUCCACGGCAUUACCGGUGCUGACAGAGACGCUCUCAACGAACAACAACGAAAGAGGUUUUUUAAUGGUGAGCUCUGCCAGGUCCGGUAUCUCAAAGAAUCUGCUAUACGAGACCUAUGGGGCACCGAUUACGAAGAUCCUCGGAUACGUGCAAAAAUACACCAAAGUUACGCUCUAGUCAAGAUAAGGAUUAUACCGUUAGCAGCUACACAACGUGCACAACCUCUUACAGAACAAGACGCAAAUGUUCUGACAGCAUAUAACGCAAGAACGGCGCCAAGACCGGCUCGAGUGCAAAAAACUCGUACAAGACCACGACCAUAUCCUGUACCAGAAGCCAGUCCAGUAGAACGUCGCGCGUCGACUGAAUCCAGCGAAGAAGAAAAUACUCAAAAUCCCUUACCACCGUCACCACCUCCAUCAUCACCAUCCCUUCCUGCUUCACCAUCUCCUUACGAAUUACAACCUGUUGAGACUCGUUUACGAGAUAUUUUUGAUACAAAAGUUGAUGCUGGAUACAAAGCAGUAAUAGAUGACAUGAAAAAGUCUAUGACGAUGGGUAGGACACUGGGUCCGAGAAAGCGAAAAGCUUAUAGAACAUACCGACGCUAUGCGAAGAGAUUAAUUGCGUAUCUCCACAGGCAACAUUCUCCUUUGGCGUAUGAUGUAGAUGUUCUUUUGUGCGGUGAGCGACAAGUUUGUGCUUUCUUAGAGCGUAUCAGGUCCGAACAUAAGACAAAAACUUUAAGGAAUUAUAUCGUAGCGGCCAUCAAGUUAUUGGAUUCACGACUAUUCGCCAUUGAAAGAGAUCCUGCUUGCAAAGAAAAGGUUGCAUCUAUGACGCGAGUGUAUGACGUCCUUCACGGACAUCUUACCGAAUGUGAUAGAUUGUUAGCGCAGAAGGACGUCCCAUGUGAGAAUGAGAAAAAGAUAUCUUUAGAAAGUGUUAUGGAAGAAAGUUUCAACGACUCUUACGAUGAGUUAGAAUAA